AGAGACACAGAUAUGGAGGAGGUCAGAGUUGCUCAAAGUUACUCAAAUUAAAAUAAAGCCAUGAUAAAACCAGGGGGAUUUACUGUGGCUAAUACAAUCCCUCUGAUAUCCAAACGAAGAAACUACCUAUUCCAAACUCAAAGCACCUGACUUAUAGUGAUCAUGGACCACAAGGAAAUUGCUGGCCUGGCCCUAGAACUGCAGACACUUCUAAUUGCCCAUGAUAAGGCAUUCACACAGAUCCAGCUCAUAGACAGCAAGCUCAGCACCCUUACUGCUAAGAUAUUUUCUGCCCAUGAAGAGGGCCACCAGGGGCUCAGACUACACCUCCUCAGUAGGAAGUCUGUAGUGGAGGGUGUGAGACAGGCCUUCCAUCAGUACCGUGUCAUUAAGUGGAACCAGAUCCGUGAGUUAUCUAACCUGAUCCUUGAUACCUUUGCUAUAGACAGCAGCACCUUGCCCCUCCCUCCACAGCCUGACCACGUCCAUCAGCAGAUCGAGGAGGAUGAUCUAGCCACCACGCUGACCAUAGCUUACUCUGUCUGUUCUAGGACCUGGUGAUCUAGCUUGAGGACUUGGUGAUCUAGCUUGAGGACUU